AUGAGUGUUCAAAUUUUUGGUGAUCAAGUGACUGAAGAAAGGGCUGAGAAUGCCCGUAUGUCCGCUUUUGUUGGUGCAAUUGCUGUUGGUGAUCUAGUUAAGAGCACACUAGGUCCAAAGGGUAUGGAUAAGUUAUUACAAAGUGCUUCUAGUGAUGCGUCUUUAGUGACCAAUGAUGGUGCCACCAUUCUUAAGUCCAUUCCAUUGGAUAAUCCAGCUGCUAAAGUUUUAGUAAACAUUAGUAAAGUUCAAGAUGAUGAGAUUGGGGAUGGUACCACUAGUGUCACCGUUUUAAGUGCUGAACUUUUAAGGGAAGCUGAAAAGUUGAUCGAGCACUCGAAAAUCCAUCCACAAACUAUUAUUGAAGGUUAUAGAAUUGCAUCAAACGCUGCUUUGAAUGCACUAGAAAAACAUGCUGUGGAUAACUCAGGUGAUAAAGAAAAAUUUCGCAAAGAUUUGGUCGAUAUUGCGAAAACUACAUUGUCAUCGAAAAUUUUAUCACAAGACAAAGAAUAUUUCUCUAAUUUGGCCACUGAUGCUAUCUUAAGAUUAAAUGGUUCCACCAAUCUAGAACACAUCCAAAUUAUUAAAAUCUUAGGUGGCAACUUAUCAGACUCUUUCUUAGACGAAGGCUUUGUUUUAGCUAAGAAGUUCGGUAACAGUCAACCAAAGAGAGUGGAAAAUGCAAAAAUCUUAAUCGCUAACACUCCAUUAGACACCGAUAAAGUUAAGAUUUUUGGUACGAAGUUCAAAGUCGACUCUACUUCUAAAUUGGCUCAAUUAGAAUUAGCUGAAAAGAAUAAAAUGAAGAAUAAGAUUGAUAAGAUUUCAAAAUUCGGAAUAAAUACUUUCAUUAACAGACAACUAAUUUACGAUUACCCAGAACAAUUAUUCACAGAUUUAAAAAUCAAUUCUAUUGAACAUGCCGAUUUUGAAGGUGUUGAAAGAUUAGCAUUAGUAACAGGUGGUGAAGUUGUAUCCACAUUUGAUGAUCCUGAAAAGUGUAAGUUAGGUGAAUGUGAUUUGAUUGAAGAAAUUUUUAUCGGUGAGCAACAAUUUUUAAGAUUUAGUGGUUGCAAAGCUGGCCAAGCCUGUACUAUUGUAUUAAGAGGUGCCACUGACCAAGUGUUAGCCGAGGCCGAAAGAUCAUUGCAUGACGCAUUAUCUGUUCUUUCGCAAACUACAAGAGAUACCAAGACUAUCUUGGGUGGUGGUAAUUCCGAAAUGUUAAUGUCCAAAGCAGUCGACACCGAGGCCCAAAAUGUUGAUGGUAAGAAAGCACUAGCUGUUGAAGCUUUUGCCCGAGCAUUAAGACAAUUACCAACUAUCUUAUCAGACAAUGCAGGUUUUGACAGUAGUGAAUUAGUUGCCAAACUAAGAUCAUCAAUUUACAACGGAAUUCUAACCUCAGGUCUAGAUUUGGACAACGGCACCAUUGCCGACAUGAGAGAAUUAGGUAUUAUAGAAAGUUACAAAUUAAAAAGAGCUGUAGUCAACUCUGCUUCCGAAGCAGCCGAAGUAUUAUUGAGAGUCGAUAACAUCAUUCGUGCUAAGCCAAGAACGGCAAAUAGACAACACAUGUAA